CGUCAUCAUAUGAAAUAUGUAUAUGAAGUUAAGAAAAGUUCUUCCACAAAAAAUCAUUCACAACAAAUCUGCCUAUAAAAUUGAGACACUAUCUUGUCUUAUUUUGAACACUAUCUUUCCAAAAAAAAAAAAAAAAAAACCCUGCUAGAAAAAUACAUUUGUGCAAUUGGACUUUUGACUCAAAACCAUGUGACAACUUGCCCCGUUCUUGCCAUCACAUUCUCUCACACUGUACAGUUACAUGUUUGUAAACUGCAGAGAGGAAAUGCUGUGUUUGUAUGUUAUCUGUGUCAUUGUGGAUAUUGUAUAAUCUUAAUUGUAGACCUCAGUGAGUCUGGGAGAGAUGAUGUCCUCACUUAAAGUCCCACCUCCUGAUGGAGGAGGUGCGUUUGACCCGAUGCAAAGAACUCAAGCUCCUGUCAGAACAUAAGAAACGACAGAAACACACACAGCCCGUCUGGACGCAUGACAUGCAGCUCCUCUGGAACAUCCUGUGAGAAUAUGCAGUGAAAUAUUUUACUCCUCUGAGGCUGAGGAGAAAAGCCUUGUUAUUUUCCAGCACGCUGUGACACACUGAGUUUGUGGCGCGUGAUGACCGUCACUUACACCGCCAGAGUGGCCAAUGCGCGCUUCUGCGGCUUCUCCAAACUGCUAUUGGCCUGGAAGGGAAGCAUCUAUAAAGUUCUGUACAAAGAGUUUCUGGCUUUCUUUGCCAUGUACACAGCAAUCAGCAUCACAUACAGAUUCUUCCUUGUGGACGAUCAGAAGAGAUACUUUGAAAAGCUUUCCAUUUACUGCAACCACUAUGCCAGUCUCAUCCCAAUGUCUUUCGUAUUAGGGUUUUACGUGACAUUAAUAGUGAAUCGCUGGUGGAAUCAGUACACCUCCAUCCCGCUGCCAGACAGGAUCAUGUGCACGCUUUCCGGUGGCGUGCAGGGCGGAGACGAGCAUGGCAGGUUGCUGCGACGGACGCUGAUGCGCUAUGCGAGUCUGUCCGCGCUCCUGAUCCUGCGCUCCGUCAGCACAGCCGUGUUCAAGAGAUUCCCUACCAUGGAUCACGUAGUUGAAGCAGGUUUUAUGACAAGAGAAGAGCGUAAGAAGUUUGAGAGUUUACACUCACCCUAUAAUAAGUACUGGAUCCCAUGUGUUUGGUUCACUAACCUGGCCGCAGUGGCCCGCUGUGAGGGCAGAAUCAAAGAUGAUAAUACUUAUAAACUUCUAUUGGAGGAGCUGAACAAUUUCAGAGGGAAGUGCAGCAUGCUUUUUCACUAUGACAUGAUCAGCAUACCAUUGGUCUACACACAGGUUGUGACUCUGGCAGUGUACAGUUUCUUCCUGGUGUGUCUGAUUGGUCGUCAGUUUCUGGACCCGGGUCAGGGUUAUCCGGGUCAUGACCUUGACCUUUACGUCCCCAUCUUUACCCUUCUGCAGUUCUUUUUCUAUGCUGGCUGGUUGAAGGUGGCAGAGCAGCUCAUAAAUCCAUUUGGAGAGGAUGAUGAUGACUUUGAGACCAAUUGGUUGAUAGAUAGAAACUUCCAGGUGUCUAUGAUGGCGGUGGAUGAGAUGUAUGGAGAUUUGCCCAUGAUGGAGAGAGAUCGUUACUGGAAUGAUUCAAAUCCUCGUCCGCCAUACACAGCCGCUACGCUCUUCGUGCUGCGCAAACCCUCUUUCCAAGGCUCCACAUUCGACAUGGCAAUUCCUAAAGAGGAGAUGCAUUUCCAGCCUCUGCAGGAGAUUGCUGAGAACCUAGAGGAAUCCGUGACGCGGAAUCACAACCUCGCCCUCUUUAAUCGGCUCCUCGGCUCCGCCCCCUCUCCCACAAGCUUCAUGGGCGGAGCCUUACGCCGCACCUCCGCCCAGCUGCGGCGUUUGACACGCUCCAUCAGUCCGGACCCCUCCUUCUCUGACACAGAGGAUGAGGAAGAGGAGAGCGCGGUGAGGAGCGUGGGCACGGCCGGCUCCAUGCCGUCUGGACUCGGGCUGGACACCACACAGAGCACCAUCUGCAGCUGUGGAGGACUCAUCAGCACCUGUCCUCCGCUGUCAGAUGUGGAAUUCCACCAGCAAGGUGAGAGAGAUGGAAGAGGUGAAGAGAAAGACGAGAAGAUGGUGGAGAAAGACUCACUACUGCCAAAAAUCCCACCGCCCACAGCACAGGCGUCAGCAGGGAGGAAGAGUCCUCUUGCUCAGGGACAAGUCAAGUCUCAUUUCUGUUCCUCAAACACCACCAAUCACUCUGUACCCGACUUCUACUCUUUCCAGCCUAUCCGUGACCCGGCAAAGGUCACGACACCAAAACCAAAUCUACCCGAUAGCAAAGAAGCAGCAGUGUCUUUACUGACUGCUCCAUCGCCUGAAGUUUCAGCGUUUCCGGAGAAUUCAGAAAGAGAGCGGAUGCUGGCAGAUUCACAAUGGCUGCCUUCUAAUGGUCAAAGUCAGUGUGUAAGUGUAAGGUCAGAGGUCACAGGGUCGAGUAGUGAGGUCAUGGAGCGACCAAAUAGAGCAAAUAUUUGAACUGCAUGAUCGCUUUCAUAUUUUUUUCAUAUUGAUACAUGCAACUAGAAAGUUUGGAUGCAAUUUUGUUGCAUUAUAAUACUUGGCAGAUUAUUUUUAAACUUUAUAUUUAGAUUCUUCUGAAAGUGAAUGCCAUGAUAUGUAAUCAUGUGACAGAAUAAUGAUAAUCAGCACUGAAACUGAUCUAGCUUUUCUAGUUUCUUGGAAAUAGAGUAAAUGUCUACAUAAAAUAGCAACAUGAGGUAAAUAAAAAAUAUAAUUUUCUCUUUUGAAUAUAUGACAAUAAUGUGAAAGAAUACAGUAUAACAGGCAAUGCUCUUAUGAAUGUAAAUGAUAGUGUUCAGAUGAUUAUUAGGUUUGAUGUUGAUAUGUACUGUUGGAAAUAAUCCUCAUGUAUUGCAGCAAUGUAAGACUGGUGCUUUUAUAUAUUAAUAUAAAGUGCAAUGUAAAAAAUAGCAAAUAAAAAUAUGCA